UUUCAGGAAGAAAUGUCUGAGGCUGACAGAAUUCGGUGAGUUUCCUUCAACAUCUUUCAGCUUCUCCUUGAACAUUAAUAGCCGUCGGUGUAUUGUGACAGCGCCUCCAAAACUGUAGGAAUUAUACUGCAUACAGAGAAAUGUAUAAGGUAUUAUAUAAAGCGUUCGUUUCUAUUAAAUGCCCCAUACUCCUUCCCGUAUGGGCCUCCCGGAUUUCAUUCUGUUUUUCCAGGUUCUUGCAGGAUCAGAACAAAGAUGUGCAGCAGAGCCUGCUGCGGACGUCUCUGCGCAUGGAGCGCAUGGGGGCGGAGUUUAAGAAUAACUAUCAACAGCUGGAGGCGGAGCUUCAGAGGACCCGCAUGGAACUCACCAGCCUGCAGGACAAGUUCGAGAGACAACAGGAUAAUUACUCCUCGACUCAACAGGCCAAUAACCUACUGGAGCACAAGCUCUGUUCAGUGGUUCAGGACAUGGACGGGGAGCGCAAACGUUUGAACCAGCGCAUCUCAGAGCUGACGGAGGAGCUGUCCAUCGCGAAGAGCACCAUCCAAACCUUGGAGAAUAUUAACCUGAGAACUCCCCCCUCGGUCCCCUCUGUGCUGCAGGAAGCUCUGAAGAAACACCUUCAGGCGGAGGAGGCCGCCACUCGGUUCCUCCCCCAUGUGGCACCCCCUCCCGCUCAGUUCAUGGACAGUGAGCAUUUUAACAAGCCUUCACUGACGGGUGAUGCCCAAUCGCUGGGGGCGGUGCCUGAGGAGGAAGACUCCGAUUGGUCAGAAGCUACAGAGGUGUGGCUAUGUGGACCAAAGGGGUCGAACAAGGGUCACUAUGGCCUUACAGCCUGGAAGAAAGACCAGUGGGCGGAGGGGGGUAUGGAGAGUGAGUCAGGGGGCAAGGAGGCUGUCAGUCGGCCCCCUCCCUGCUCCGUCCAGAUACCUCACCUUCAGUUGACUGUGCAUCCUGAAACACCACCGGCGUCCAUCACUGAAAUCAACUUCGCUCAAUUCAAGGGCUUCCCAGAGAGGCCAGCAGGGGGCAGCACCGGGUCCGCGGGUGCCGGCAAGCUGGGCUCCCCCAUCCGCAUCCUGUCGGCCAGCCUUGAGGAAAUCCACUCCACCAGCACUCAACUCUGAGGCCCCAAGUCAAACCAGGAACAGAACUCAGCUUUGUAGCAGCACACAAGCCCGAUUCUGCAGAAGAAAAAACGCGAAAAACAGUUAAUGUGAUACUGGGCAUCGUUUUUAUAACACUCGUUGGCAGAGGCGGA